AUGCCGUUCUUGCCGGGGGUGAUCAUCGACUCGACCUCCGAGGGACGUGGCAAGGUGGAGUUGGAGCAUUCCAAGAAGCGUUCGGCCGACUCCAUCGGUCUGGGCAUCGAAGAGCGCUUGGAUCGACUCUCCGAACAGAUGGACCUGUGCCUUGCCGAGGUCGUUGCCUUGAAACCGGUUGGAGACUUGCAUCCGCGCUCCUGGAGCGGCGUCAUGCCACCCCUUCGCGCGCGCCCGUCCACGACGCCGUCGCGGGGGCAGCUGAGAGUGGCGGACCCACCGAGCCAGCGAAGUUCCAAACGGUCUGCACGGUUCUCGCAGAAGACGGAUGGAAGUGAAACGACGGUUGUGGAACAGCAUGUCCUACAGAGCCGACCGACCUUAGCAACCAAUCACAGAGGAGCUCGCGAGCGUUUCAAGAGCCAAGCUGUGCCUCGGUCGAUGGACUUGGAGAUUGCAUGGCGAUUGCACGCCAAGAACAACCGAGAGGAUGAGGAGGAGCCAGUGGCCUUGAAGCCUCUGCUGCGCUUGGUGGAGCGCAGCCGCCUCGAUAUGUUGUGGGAAUUGCUGGAUGAUCCGUCCUCGAGUCGGACGGCCUGGUGGGUGUCUCAAGUCCUCAAAGGCAUUGUGAUUCUCUCCUUGCUCUUCUCGAAUCUGCAAACCACUGAAGAGCCAAUCCUAGACACGGCUUUUGCUGCUGCAGCUGAAACCGCUCUGGACUGCAUUUUCUUGGUGGAAUUCUUGUGCCGAAUCCUAUCUGCACCCUUGAAGAGGAGUUAUGCUUUGGAUCCGUUGAACUGGGCAGACAUGUGGUCAGCCAUGGGGCUUCCGCUCAGGGCAUCCAUUGGAUUUGUGAUUUCCCAGAGUCCGGCGACUCUGGCUGAAGAUCUGGUGCAGCAUUACCUUCUAUUCUUUUUGCCUUUGGUGCGCUUCUUGAAGCUCUUGAGAUACUUUGAAUCCUUCAGGCUUCUCAUUGAUGCCUGUGGGAAGAGCGCAGAGGCCCUCCCGGUGCUGAUUUACAUGACUGCACUCAUCGUGCUGCUCUCGGCAACGGCCAUUUAUAUGGUCGAGGAGCCGUUUGAAGCGUGUCUCGCCGUCCGCUUCCGAUCACGGGCGCGGGAGAUCACGGUUCAGCACGAACCUGGCGAUCCAACAGGGUUGAAGAGGUGUGUGAGUGGGGGGUUGAUCACAGUCCCAGUAGCUCUGGCCUGCUGCCCAAGUGCAGCAGGGCACUAA